GUAUAUUCAUGAGGCGUGCGCAGCCGGCAUGCUAAUGAGGCGGGGCGCGGCGGCGGGCAGAGGAGCUGCUGGGCGGCGGCGGCGGCGGCGGCGGGCUCGGAGCUGCCUGGCGGGAGCGGCGUAGGCGCGGGGUCGCUCUCCAGCGCGAACCUGGACAUGGAACCGCCCGGCGGGGGCCUGGGUCCCGGCCGCGGGACCCGGGACAAGAAGAAGGGCCGGAGCCCGGACGAGCUGCCCUCGGCGGGAGGCGACGGCGGCAAAUCCAAGAAAUUUACUCUGAAGCGGCUCAUGGCAGAUGAGCUGGAGAGAUUUACCAGCAUGAGAAUUAAGAAGGAGAAGGAAAAGCCCAAUUCUGCUCAUAGAAAUUCUUCUGCAUCAUAUGGGGAUGAUCCCACUGCACAGUCAUUGCAAGAUGUUUCAGAUGAGCAAGUUCUAGUACUCUUUGAACAGAUGCUGCUGGAUAUGAACCUGAAUGAGGAGAAACAGCAACCUUUGAGGGAGAAGGACAUCAUCAUCAAGAGGGAGAUGGUGUCCCAAUACUUGCACACCUCCAAGGCUGGUAUGAGCCAAAAGGAGAGCUCCAGGUCUGCCAUGAUGUACAUUCAGGAGUUGAGGUCAGGCUUGAGGGAUAUGCCUCUGCUCAGCUGCCUGGAGUCCCUUCGUGUCUCUCUUAACAACAACCCUGUCAGUUGGGUGCAGACAUUUGGUGCUGAGGGCCUGGCCUCCUUAUUAGAUAUCCUGAAACGACUUCAUGAUGAGAAAGAAGAGAUUGCUGGAAGCUACGAUAGCCGUAACAAGCAUGAGAUCAUUCGCUGCUUGAAAGCUUUUAUGAACAAUAAGUUUGGAAUCAAGACCAUGCUGGAGACAGAAGAAGGGAUCCUGCUGCUGGUCAGAGCCAUGGAUCCUGCUGUUCCCAACAUGAUGAUUGAUGCAGCUAAGCUUCUUUCUGCUCUUUGUAUCCUGCCACAGCCAGAGGACAUGAAUGAAAGGGUUUUGGAGGCGAUGACAGAAAGAGCUGAGAUGGAUGAAGUGGAACGUUUCCAGCCACUGCUGGAUGGAUUAAAAAGUGGGACCUCCAUUGCGCUCAAGGUGGGGUGCCUACAGCUGAUCAAUGCUCUCAUCACACCAGCUGAAGAACUUGACUUCCGAGUUCAUAUCCGAAGUGAACUGAUGCGCUUGGGGCUACAUCAAGUGUUGCAGGAGCUUCGAGAGAUUGAAAAUGAUGAUAUGAGAGUACAACUAAAUGUGUUUGAUGAACAAGGGGAAGAAGAUUCCUAUGACCUGAAGGGACGACUGGAUGACAUUCGAAUGGAGAUGGAUGACUUCAGUGAAGUCUUCCAGAUUCUCUUAAACACAGUGAAGGAUUCAAAGGCAGAACCACACUUCCUGUCCAUUCUGCAGCACCUUCUCUUGGUCCGAAAUGACUAUGAGGCCAGACCGCAGUAUUAUAAGUUGAUUGAAGAAUGUAUUUCUCAGAUAGUUCUGCACAAGAAUGGGGCUGAUCCUGACUUCAAGUGCCGGCACCUCCAGAUUGAUAUUGAAGGACUGAUUGAUCAAAUGAUUGAUAAAACAAAGGUGGAGAUCUCUGAAGCCAAAGCUACAGAGCUGGAAAAGAAGCUGGACUCAGAGUUAACAGCCCGACAUGAGCUACAGGUGGAAAUGAAAAAGAUGGAAAGUGACUUUGAGCAGAAACUUCAGGAUCUUCAGGGAGAAAAGGAUGCACUGGAUUCUGAAAAGCAACAGAUUGCUACAGAGAAACAGGGCCUGGAAGCAGAGGUGUCUCAGCUCACAGGAGAGGUUGCCAAGCUGUCCAAGGAACUGGAAGACGCCAAGAAAGAAAUGGCUUCCAUUUCCGCUGCAGUUACUGCCGUAGCCCCUCCCAGCAGUGCUUCUGUUGCCUCUGCCCCUCCUUUGCCUGGUGACUCUGGCACUGCUAAAGGGGGGGUUAGCAUACCACCCCCACCACCUCUCCCUGGGAGUGAUACAGUUCCCUCUCCACCACCUCCUCCACCUCCCCCUCCCUUACCUGGGGGCAGUUACACCUCCUCACGCUCUGCUUUGCCUGGGGAUGUUUGCAUCUCCACACCCCCUCCUCUGCCUGAGGGUGCUGGCAUCCCCCCACCCCCUCCUCUGCCUGGGGGUGCUAGCAUCCCCCCACCCCCUCCUUUGCCUGGGGGUGCUUGCAUCCCCCUACCCCCUCCUUUGCCUGGGGGUGCUUGCAUCCCCCCACCCCCUCCUCCCUUGCCUGGAGGACCAGGAAUGCCACCUCCCCCUCCCCCUCUUCCUGGUGGCGCUGGAAUCCCUCCACCCCCUCCAUUUCCUGGAGGCCCUGGCAUUCCUCCACCUCCACCCGGAAUGGGUAUGCCUCCACCUCCCCCUUUUGGAUUUGGAGUUCCUGCUGCCCCAGUUCUGCCAUUUGGAUUAACCCCAAAGAAACUUUAUAAGCCAGAAGUGCAGCUCCGGAGGCCAAACUGGUCCAAGUUUGUUGCUGAGGACCUUUCCCAGGACUGCUUCUGGACAAAGGUGAAGGAGGACCGCUUUGAGAACAAUGAACUUUUCGCCAAACUUACCCUUACCUUCUCUGCCCAGACCAAGACUUCGAAAGCCAAGAAGGAUCAGGAAGGUGGAGAAGAAAAGAAAUCUGUGCAGAAGAAAAAAGUAAAAGAGUUAAAGGUGUUGGAUUCAAAGACAGCCCAGAAUCUCUCAAUCUUUUUGGGUUCCUUCCGCAUGCCCUAUCAAGAGAUUAAGAAUGUCAUCCUGGAGGUGAAUGAGGCUGUUCUGACUGAGUCUAUGAUCCAGAACCUCAUUAAGCAGAUGCCAGAGCCAGAGCAGUUAAAAAUGCUUUCCGAACUGAAGGAUGAAUACGAUGAUCUGGCUGAGUCAGAGCAGUUUGGUGUGGUGAUGGGCACUGUGCCCCGCCUGCGGCCUCGCCUCAAUGCUAUCCUCUUCAAGCUCCAGUUUAGUGAGCAAGUGGAGAAUAUCAAGCCAGAGAUUGUUUCCGUGACUGCUGCAUGCGAAGAGUUGCGAAAGAGCGAGAACUUCUCUAGCCUCCUGGAGAUUACCUUGCUUGUCGGAAAUUAUAUGAAUGCUGGCUCCAGGAAUGCUGGUGCCUUUGGCUUCAGUAUCAGCUUUCUCUGUAAGCUUCGAGACACCAAGUCCACAGAUCAGAAGAUGACAUUAUUGCACUUCUUGGCUGAGUUGUGUGAGACUGACUAUCCCGAUGUCCUCAAGUUUCCAGAUGAGCUUGCCCAUGUGGAGAAAGCCAGCCGAGUUUCUGCUGAAAACAUGCAAAAGAACCUAGAUCAGAUGAAGAAACAAAUUUCUGAUGUGGAACGUGAUGUUCAGAAUUUCCCAGCUGCCACAGAUGAGAAAGACAAGUUUGUUGAAAAAAUGACUAGCUUUGUGAAAGAUGCACAGGAACAAUAUAACAAGCUGCGGAUGAUGCACUCUAACAUGGAGACACUCUAUAAGGAGCUGGGCGAGUACUUCCUCUUUGACCCCAAGAAGGUGCCUGUGGAAGAAUUCUUCAUGGAUCUACACAACUUUAGGAAUAUGUUUGUGCAAGCAGUCAAGGAGAACCAGAAGCGGCGGGAGACAGAGGAGAAGAUGCGGCGAGCAAAACUAGCCAAGGAGAAGGCAGAGAAGGAACGGCUGGAGAAGCAGCAGAAAAGAGAGCAACUCAUAGACAUGAAUGCAGAGGGUGAUGAGACAGGUGUGAUGGACAGUCUUCUAGAAGCCUUGCAGUCAGGCGCAGCUUUCCGACGGAAGAGAGGACCCCGUCAGGACAAUCCUUUGUGCCCCUGGGAGGAGGAGGAGGAGGAGGAGUCCUAUACAUUGCCAACAGGAAGGCCGGGUGUGCAGUCACAUCUCUGCUAGCCUCAGAGCUGACCAAGGACGAUGACAUGACUGUUCCUCCUGCGAAGGUGCCCAGAAACAGUGAGGGAGUGCCCACAAUCCUUGAGGAAACCAAGGAGUUGGUUGGCCGUGCAAGCUAAAUAAGCUGGGUCCUGUGGCCAUGGCAGCUCCUCGGUGGAGCCCCAGACAGUCCUGCCCUGCAGCAUGUGCCUAAAAAAGGAUCACAGAGGUAUUCCUCUGGGGUGGCUGCUCCCACCACCCUGACCCUGUCUUUUUCUCUGGCCUGCUGCUCUCUGUACAUCACACACAGCUUCAGCUGCCUGGAGGCCAGAAGGAAAGGGCAGUGUGGGGGGAGGCCUGAGCCCAACCCAGCCAGCCCUGGCUGCUGUAUUACCAAAGCAGGCUCCGUGUUUGCUGCCUUAACCCCAAGUGUCUCCUCUCUGUUACUCUCAGGCCUCGUCUCAGACAAGGCCCUGCCUGCUUUCUCAGCCCCUGCCUUUCCAGGGGGCUUUCCCCUAGGUCAGUCUUGCUGGAUUUGUGCUUUUCUUUUGUGGUUUCUCUGGCCCUGAGAACAGCAUGGGGCUUGUGCACCUCUGGGCUGUCUCCCUCCUUUCAUUGCUGCCACCUCUGCUCUGCCCUUUUCUCUCCUGGCUGUUGUUAUUUAUUACUACUGUCGUGGCACUGGGAGCUGCUUCUAAGGAAGUGGGGAGCAAAUCCCACCCUCACCCCACCUUCCUAGGAAAGACCGCCUCAAACAAAAAGGACCUGGCCCACUUCAUCUCUUCCGCAGUGGCCUAGGUCAGAGCCUGUGGGCAGGCAGGCAGGGCACAGAGACAUUGUGGGACCCACCCCCAGCCUGCUGCCAUGCUUUACACCCCAGCCUCUCUGGACCCUCUGCACCAGCCCCAGGCUACUGAGCCAUGGUCCCUCCUCACACCUCCCCGGAGCUUUGGUGCAUCUCAUCUGGACUACGGGCUGUAUUGUGACCAUCCCAACACCUCACCCUCUGUCUCCAAGGAAAUGGGAGGUGGAGCCUCCUGGCUGAGAAAUUGUUUUGCAAAUGGAUCUAUUUUUGUAUGAGAUUUUUUUUUUAAAGAAAAAUAACUCUUCCUUCCCCCUUCCCCUCCAUAAUGUAAGAGGCUUUGAUGGCAGGUUCCAGAGUCCCUGGGAUUCCUCCCCACAGGCCCCAAUCCUGAAUGAGCACCUGGACCUCCACCUCAGCCCUCAAGCCUUCUGGGGCAGGAGGACGCUCUUCUCUGGUUGAGCUGGACCAGGUCUAAGAGUAGUGGGAGCUUUGAGACCACAGAGUUUUUAUAAAUUUAAUAUAUUUAUCAAGCCAAAUGUGCAAAUGCUAACUGGACAUUCUGGAGAAGUGGGCAUAGGGAGUACCCCCCCACACACAUUGUACCCUGCUCCCUUCUGAACAGGGGCAAGCCAAACUGUUUGGUGCCCCCAGCCACAGGAAGCUGAGAUUCUCUGGCUCAAGGUGACAGUUUGCCCUCCUUAUGCUCUUUUGAGUCCGUUACCCCCUUCCCCCUCGGGUGGGAAGAGAGAAUGGCACUGUUAGGGCUUGGCCCAGAUUAUAGUUGUUAGAGCAAGGGGGAGCUUAGGAGGCCUAAGGGCGCCUGCAGGGAGGCCUUGAGACCAGGAGGGAGGUUCGGGUUGCCAGAGCCUGUGUGUGAAGGGGCAACAGCAGCUCCUUUGAACUAUUCCCGGGAAGACUGUGGUUCUGGGGGGCCUGCUACUCCCCUGGCUCCCCUCAUUUUCCCUGCUGACAUCUGGGGCUUUGACCCUUUCCUUUUUUAAUCUACUUUUGCUAAGAUGCAUUUAAUAAAAAAUUUUAAAAAGGGACAAAAUGCAAACCUAUUUCCCUCGCCUCUUGGCCUUCUGGGAUGUCAUCACCUCCAGUUUGUUGGGUUUGUUUCCAACUGUUAAUAAACCAUUGAGACAGUAA